CAUUCUCUACUUCAAAUUCCUCAAUUUACUAUAAAUAUCUUCAUUUACUCAGAAUCAACUGGAGCCAGAAGAGUUUCUUUAAACAGCAGGAAGCCCUGUUCUUUAUAUACAGAAAACCAGAGGAAAGCUUUGAUUUUGUCUAUAUGCAAUGGCUGCCACUCAAUUCCACUAUCCAUCAUUACUGCUUUCCUCAAGAACCUAUUUUCCCAUUCAUCAUUGUAAACAUAUCCCAUUAGAAUGUUCACCUUUCUUACAUUGCAACCAUAGUUUUAAAACCAGAGGGAUUAACCAGAUGAAGCAGCGGGUACAAGUGAAAGCUGCAGUUGAAGAGACGGUCAGCGUUUCGGAGUCAACUCAAAGUGGGAAUGAAGUUGAUGUGGGAAAGAAGGGAUUGAGGAUUUUGGUGGCUGGGGGUGGAAUUGGAGGGCUGGUUUUGGCGUUGGCUGCCAAGAGGAAGGGGUUUGACGUGGUGGUGUUUGAGAAGGAUAUGAGUGCUAUAAGGGGUGAGGGGCAAUAUAGGGGUCCAAUUCAGGUGCAGAGCAAUGCGUUGGCUGCUUUGGAGGCUAUCGAUUUGGUGGUUGCUGAGGAGGUACUGCGUGCUGGGUGCAUCACUGGUGAUAGAAUUAAUGGCUUGGUUGAUGGGAUUUCUGGUUCUUGGUACGUCAAGUUUGAUACAUUCACCCCUGCAGUAGAAAGGGGACUUCCAGUUACUAGAGUUAUUAGUAGAAUGACCUUGCAACAAAUCUUAGCUCGUGCAGUUGGUGAAGAUGUAAUUUUGAAUGAGAGCCAGGUUGUUGACUUUGAGGAUCAUGGAGAUAAGGUUACUGUGAUGCUUGAAAAUGGACAACAAUAUGAAGGUGAUCUUCUAGUUGGAGCUGAUGGAAUAUGGUCUAAGGUGAGGAAGGGCUUAUUUGGGCCAAAAGAAGCUGUUUACUCGGGGUACACUUGUUACACUGGUAUUGCAGAUUUUGUGCCUCCUGACAUUGAGUCUGUUGGGUACCGUGUAUUUCUGGGACACAAGCAGUACUUUGUCUCCUCAGAUGUCGGUGCUGGAAAAAUGCAGUGGUAUGCUUUUCAUGAGGAGUCACCUGGUGGUGUUGACAGCCCCAAUGGGAAAAAGGAAAGGUUGCUUAAAAUAUUUGAAGGUUGGUGUGAUAAUGUGGUAGAUUUGAUACUUGCUACUGAUGAAGAUGCAAUUCUUCGACGUGACAUAUAUGACCGAACACCCACAUUCACUUGGGGGAGGGGGCGUGUAACCUUGCUUGGGGACUCUGUACAUGCCAUGCAGCCAAAUAUGGGUCAAGGAGGAUGCAUGGCCAUUGAGGAUAGUUAUCAACUUGCAGUGGAGCUGGACAAAGCAUGGAGUCAAAGUGUCAAGUCAGGGACUCCUGUUGAUAUUGCCUCUUCUUUAAGGAGCUAUGAGAACUCUAGGAUAGUGCGAGUUGCAAUUAUCCAUGGAAUGGCAAGAAUGGCUGCAAUGAUGGCUUCAACUUACAAGGCUUAUUUGGGUGUAGGGCUUGGUCCAUUGUCGUUUUUGACAAAAUUUCGGAUACCGCAUCCAGGAAGAGUUGGUGGAAGACCUUUUAUAGACAUAGCAAUGCCCUUAAUGCUCAGUUGGGUCUUAGGUGGUAACAGCUCUAAACUCGAAGGAAGGUCCAUGAGUUGCAGACUCUCAGACAAGGCAAAUGAUCAGUUGCGAAGAUGGUUUGAAGACGAUGAUGCGUUAGAGCGAGCUAUUAAUGGAGAGUGGUUUUUGUUGCCGUUUGGAAAUGAGGCAAUUGCUUCUGAACCUAUUCAUUUAAGCAGGGAUGACGGCAAAGACUUCAUAAUUGGGAGUGAAAAGCAAGAGAACUCCCCAGAAACAUCAAUAACCCUAUGUUCAAGUCAGAUAUCCAAAAUGCAUGCUCGUAUCAGCUACAAAGAUGGUGCAUUCUUCAUCACUGAUUUGCGGAGCGAAUAUGGGACCUAUAUCAUUGACAAUGAGGGGAGGAGGUAUAGGGUACCUCCAAACUCUUCUACUCGAUUUCGUCCAUCAGAUAUUAUUGAGUUCGGUUCUGAUAAGAAGGCCGCUUUUCGGGUUAAGGUAAUGACGUCUCCACCAAAGGCCAAAGAAAAGGAAAAGAAUCAAAUUCUUCAGGCAGUCUGACAGGCAGGUGCUGAUUUUGUAUCCUCAUACACAGCAUUUGCAUAAUGUACAGCAUUUAUUAUACAGCCAAACCGGUACAAAACCGAGUCAAUUUGUUUGAAUUUAGGGUGCAUUAGGCAAGAUAUGUCGUACAAACCUGAGCAUCCAGCCAUCCUUCCAUUCUUUUUGAACCAAUUAUAAAUGAACAUUAUCCCUGUGCCCAUUGGUUUUGGACUUGUUUGCAUCGAGUAAAAUUAAUUGUGCUUU